GUCUUGCAAAACUUUCGCGGGAAAAGAAUCGUUUUGUUUUGUGUUGUUAUUCUGGGCAAAAUGAAAGAUUUUAAAGCUGGUUUGUGACUCUGUAAUGUCACAGAAUGGUUCCCCCGUCAUCGAUAGCAAGACUGGUUCUGAGUUAUCUUGAGGAGAAGGGACUAUCUCAGACAGCCAAGACAUUUGAGGAUGAAAGCAAUGAAUUGGAGGGAACUCGAGAUUGUUUAUUGGACCCACUGACAGCGUCACUCAGGGAAGUUGUCGAGGAUUACCUAAUGCUAAAGGAAAUUGUUAUCUCCUAUGACCAUGAUGACUCAAACUCUGUCUGGCCCUUACUGUGGAAGAAAUUUGAUCAGAUAGUUGGACAACUCAAGUUUGCAUCCAAGCCUCCCUCACCAGCAAAGAAAGUCAGAACUAAGUUGACAGGCCGCAGAAGAUUAAUACCAGUAUCCAAAGUUAACAGCAAACCAGAAUUAAAGAACAAGACGCUAGAAAAUGCAACAAGAAGAAAUACAGUCAGUCCUUCUCAACCUGUUCCAGGAAUUCCUCCAGAUCAACUUUGUUAUGUGAAAACUGUCACCAACCCUUUUGCAGGCUCUAUGCAAGGAAACCUCGACAGAAAUACUAACUUUUACAGAACAGAUGUUCCUUUAAUGCCCUUUCAUGAGGCAGUACCGGCAAACAGCAUGUCAGAUGUUUCAAGUAGAAUGGCUCACUUGAGGAGAGGCUUUUUAAACCCUAAUUAUAGAAUUCCAAGAGUAAGCCCUUCAGGAUUAGCAAUGGGACAAAAAACUGCUGAAUCAAGUGGAACAAUUUCCACAGUGUCAAGUUCCUUCUUGCAAGAGCUUCAAUCCAACCAUUCCAGCCCUAUGCAACACUCUGUUGGUUCUACUGUUACACAUAAUCAAAUUCCAAUGGAUCAUGGUGACGCUGCUGAAGAAGUAAUCGAUGUAGGCUGUGAAGUUGUACAACCAGUGGCCAAAUCUGACACUCAAGCCAUCUCUCUUGAUAGAGGGACACUUACUGUGAUCCAAGAUGGAGUCACUGAUUCAGAAGUCCAAGUGAUAGAUGAGGGGAACUCCCAGGCCAUUUCAAACUCGCCAGAAAUAGACAUGAUAGGUGGGACUACUGAUCCCAGAGCAAGUGCCAACCAUGCAAGUAUAGCCAGCUCACAGCAGUUGGAACAUCAGCUUGGGAAGUCUCCUAGGAGAAAAGGGCACCCACCAAGGAAAAGAAGUGCAAACCACAGUCUUGUCUCACCUUCAAAGUUCCACCAAACUGCACAACCGCCUUCUUCGUCACAGCACACUGGAAAUGAUGAGAACUCUUCAGAUAUUGCUGGAGCUGUGGUCCCGAUAUUCUUGGACACGUUUUUGAAUGCUCCAGUGCUACAGGAAAAACUUGCUGCAAAUAUAAACAAAGUUCGGAGUGCCAAGUCUUCUGAUGCAAGCCAUGAACCGGUCGCCCCCUCAACAGCUGAGGAGGAGCAAUCGUCUGGGUCAGACCAGAAUACCGAUGCCCAAGUCUCACACAUAUUGAGCAUGUUGGAGUCAGACCCUGCCUUUGAAGAACUCUUUGCUGGAUUGUGCAGUGAUUCUUCAUCCAACACUCCAUCAAAACAGAACCCUGUAUCUGUCAGUUCCUCUACAGUAACGCAGUCGACAGAGGUCACAGCAUCCACAGUAGCGAGCUCUGCGGCAAAUGCAGGUGUUGUGCUCACGGAAACCCAGUUCGCGACCAAAUCACUCAACAAAAUUCGGCCCUCCUGCAAGGAGCCUGCUCACCUUAAUCCUCUACCAAUGACAACUGAGACCCCACCCGAGAUUCAAGCAGAAAUGACCAAGGACACUCCUCAGCACGUUCGUUCCCUGGACUUCUCUAAAGUAAAGGUCGGGGAAGAAGCCAAGCCCAAGUCUAGGAGGAGAGGGCCGAGAAAAACUACAGCGAGAAAGAAUAAGGAGAACCAAGGCAGUAGUUUAACAGGGGUACCAAUGAUUAGUUAUGAUCCACCGGCAAUUCCUUCACAUGGUCAGCUUAUUUUGAAUUCACCUUACGCGCUGGUUGGCCCAGAUCCUGUUUUAGGGCCGGGAAAUGUCGCACCCUAUAUGAUAGGUAACCUUCCUGUCACUUCUGCGGGAGUUUUCCCAGAAAAUUUAGUAGCAACCACUGCUAAUCAGUUUCCAGUAACGGGGAAUGAAUUCUUGGAAAAUGCUCCUGGUUUCCAGGAAAGGCAGUCUGAUCCGACGCCUGCUGCGAACAUGCUUAAAAUGAUUGCGAGUUCUGCUAAGGAGAGAGGUAAUGGGGAUGUGAAGGAAGGGACACUGUUACAGCAUCUUCAAGGUGCGGCAAUACUUCAACAAAUGCAAGGAAGGGUGGAGAAUUACGGCACUGGUGUUGAGGUGUCCGCUGCCGGUGUACAAGGAUCGUAUGGUGGGUCUCAUAUAUCAACCGUCGGGGCUCAGUUGUCGGCUACUGGCAUGCAUCCCAAUCAGGGCCUUGUCCAACAGGAUACGCAAGGGAAUUGGCAGCUAUUGCUACAAGCUGCUAAUAGCGCUCAACAGCUACCCGGCAGCAUCCAUCCGGUGGCUACUUCAAGUAUGACCGAACACGAUGGAUCACAAGGCAUGUUAAGUAAUCAACAAGGUGCUGUUAUGUCAGCGGGUUUGCCAGGUACUCCAUCUACCUCCGUCACUACUUCAUCCACAAGCCGUGAUUUUGAUUUUCAGCGUCACAGUUUAUCACCUUCUAAGCAGCCAUUGACUGGGAAUUCUGAUGACUUCCAUGAUUCCAGGGAUAAUAAUUCUAAGGACCGAUCCUCAUUGUUUCAUGUUAUCUCGAGCGUAGAGGAAUCAGUGCUUAAUGUAGGACAGCAUCAAUCCGAGAAUACCACAGGGCUGGGAUCAUGUUCAGAUCAAGGGAGGGGAUCUGGUCAAGGUGUUGCUAGUCACAGUAACACCCAAGAACACUCCCCACUUUCCAGGAAACGUCCAGAAAAUCCUUCGGUCCUACACGAAUUAUCACCUGCGUCUGUGGUGUCCAGGAAAGCAGAGGAAUGCGUGUCUGGAUUUUUGUCUGGUUUUAGUAGUUAUGUGUCCAAUAAAAUUGAUUCCCCGACUGCGUUUGGUCGAGGGUCGGUAACCUUACCCAACGUUCAUACAGUUAGAAGUAAAGGGUCUGUAAGCAAGCAUGUGUCUGCGUUUGGAGUAACAGACGCUGGACUACCCAGCAAACGACGUGACCAUGCAGAUGGUCCAAAGGCACCAGUCGUGACCACACCCAGUAGCAGUGGUGUCUGCGGCACACAUCAUGCGGAGAUGGAGGCACCACAGGUUGACGGAGCCGUUAGUGUGUGGUGUCAACAGGGUGUAAGCCCAGGUUUGGUGUCAUCGUCUGCGAGUUCAAAGAACAGAAGGUCAUCGCCCGUAAGCAGGAGUCCCCAUAGUACCACUGGAACCCCAAACGCCACAGGAAUCACAAGCGCCAUACCAGCCUCGAGCACCACUGGACCACCAAUCACGACAGAGACCAAAAGCUCUGUAGAAGUCCCAGACAUAACAGGGAGCCCAAGUUGCACGGAAUCCCCCUCUACAGGAGCUCCAGACGCCACAGGAAAACCAAGCACCACAGGGAGCUCAAGCACCGCUAUAGAACCAGGGGAAGGGGUGGUUGAUGGCGGAGAGAUUUCAAAGGGAAGGAAGAGAUCAGCGUCCACGAAUAAUGAGGAGAAUCAGCCUAAGAGAGUAAAAGGUCCCAAGAAAUCAAAGAAGUCAAAACGCAAGAAGUCGGAUGGAAAGCUGCUACCGGCAAACUUCGACGUUGAUAAGUUUCUAUCUAGUCUCCAUUAUGUGGAGAAAUAAGGAAAGAGAUAUAAAGGUAAAAGAGAUAAAGGUGAAAAGAGAUAAAGGUAAUAUGAUACGGGCUGAAGGCAGAAAAUGAUUACUAGAUAUGAAACAUUUAUAUGCAAAAACAUACACAGUGAAAAAUAUACACAGUGAAAGUGUGGUCCAGUGAUCGACCGCUGGGUUCAAAUACUCCGAGAGCAUACACACUCCGAUUCACACACUCCUUGCAAACACCAAGGUAACCUCACGUUGUUAUGUAUUUACAUGCCAAAGCUGAAAUUUUCAAAAAUAAUUUUUAUAUAUUAUAUAUCAACCAGUUUUGUUUGAUCUAUCAACCAAUAUAUGCCUGAAUAUUGAACGUGAGUUUCUUUAAAAACAAAGAUACGUGAAUUGUGCACACAGUAGUGAAAUUUUAAACUCUAACGUUUCCGUGUUUAGGGUAUCAAACGUGCUAUUUUUUAUCGUGUUAUUUUUUUUUUGCAUGGGAUAUAGCAUGGGAAUAUCCGAUGGAAUAGCCGAAGGGAUAUCUUCCGGUAGAUUUUAUGUUUGUUAUAAUUUUGUUUGAAACUAUUAAUUAAGUCCUUCAUUGAAUAUUUUAGUAUUUUAAUACAAAGUCUUGUGCUCAAAAGUUUGGACACGUACACGCAAAACAUGGACAUUUGAAGGCGAAAUAAAAACGUUACGUUUGAGGUAAAAGCUUGUGAUUUGUCAGUUUCUGAGUAAGAAGAGGCGGGCUGUAAAACUCAUGUUAUACCAGGUUUAAAAGUCUUCAUUGAUUCUUGAUCGUUUGAAAGAUUGUAAAAAUUGAAAAUAAAUGUAAUUCUAGUUUUGAUAAAAA